GCCCGGCAUGAAGGAGAUCCUGCUGAUGGGCUUCUACCAGCCCCACGAAGCCCUCAGCCGCUUCCUGGUGUCGGCGCAGCAGGAGUUCAAGAUCCCCAUCAGGUAUCUCCAGGAGUAUGCGGCGCUGGGCACGGGUGGUGGCAUCUAUCACUUCCGAGACCAGAUCCUGUCGGGUGGUGCCGAGGCCUUCUUUGUCCUCAACGCAGACGUGUGCUCGGAGUUCCCCUUGCAGGAGAUGCUGGAGUUUCGGCAGCAGCAUGGGGAUGCGCACAGCUUUGUCAUUCUGGGUACCACAGCCAACAGGACACAGGCACUGAAUUAUGGCUGUAUUGUGGCAAACACGGACACGCAGGAGGUCCAGCACUACGUGGAGAAGCCCAGCACAUUUGUCAGUGAGAUAAUCAACUGUGGUAUCUACCUGUUCACACCUGCCAUCUUCCAGCACAUCGGCGAGGUCUUCCAGAGGAACCAGCAGGAGCUAGUGCUCUGUCCUUACCUUGGAGAGGAGAGCUCCAACGGUUGGCAGCGUGCAGAAGUGAUCCGGCUAGAGCAGGACGUUUUCACGGCGCUGGCUGGGAGCGGCAAACUCUAUGUCUACAAAACUGAUGGGUUCUGGAGCCAGAUCAAAUCGGCUGGCUCUGCUAUCUAUGCCAGUCGCCUUUACCUGAACCAGUACAGCAAAAGCCACCCGGAGAGGCUGGCCCAGAACAAACCUGGAGGCCCUAUUAUCCGAGGGAACGUCUACAUCCACCCGACGGCCUCCAUUGACAGCACUGCAGUGCUGGGCCCCAACGUCUCCAUUGGGGAGGGGGUGACGGUGGGAGCUGGUGUGCGUGUGCGCGAGUCCAUCGUCCUGCACGGUGCCUCACUCCACGACCACACCUGUGUCCUCAAUACCAUCGUGGGCUGGGAUAGCACCAUUGGGCGCUGGGCCCGGGUUGAAGGAACGCCCAGUGACCCCAACCCCAACGACCCCUAUGCUAAGAUUGACAGCGAGACCCUUUUCCGGGACGGGCGCCUCACGCCAUCCAUCACAAUCCUGGGCUGCAGCGUCACCAUCCCCGCUGAGGUCGUUAUUCUCAACUCCAUCGUCCUUCCUCACAAGGAACUGAGCCGCAGCUACAAGAACCAGAUUAUCCUGUGA